CUGAUAUCGAAAUCGAAGUUGGCCAUUCGUCAUGACGUCGUAGCAGUCGGCGCGUCCGGUGAGACAACCCGGUGUUCACAUCCUCGGGUAAAGUUGAUGAGCGGGUAUAAUCAACAAGCAUCAGCCACUGUAAUAAACACAUGAAAAUUGCAAUAAGUACUGUUUUUUCGACGUCCUUAUCACCAGGGGGCAGCAGCCGUCUCUGAUCUGCGAUCCUAUAGGCGCGUCGGGCAAAACUGAAAGACGUCCAUGACUGGCUUUAAGCUUGAAUAGUGGAAAACGGCAACACCGCUCUUACAUUUGCCUGUUUGACGUUUGUCUAUUGUCAAUUUCUGCGGCAACUUUCAACUUGUGGAAAUUGUGGUUAAGUAUGGGAUAAUUUUCUGGAUAAUUUUAGGAGUAAAAAACUGUAUUUGUCUUUGUUUGUAGCCGAACCUUGAAAAUGAUUUCCAGACAAUUGCUGCGGGUUGUUUCAAAACCCGCUACAAUUUCAAACACUUUUCGCCAAAUUUUGAUUAGGGAAAAGUCGUACACCCCUUUGAAUACGGUAAUCAUGUUUGUCCCACAACAAGAGGCUUGGAUAGUUGAAAGAAUGGGAAAAUUUCACAGGAUAUUAGAACCUGGUUUAAACGUGCUUAUACCUAUUGUCGAUAAAGUAAAAUACGUGCAAAGCUUAAAGGAAAUAGCAGUAGACAUUCCAAAACAGAGUGCUAUCACCUCGGACAAUGUAACUUUGAAUAUUGAUGGUGUUCUGUAUUUGAGAAUCAUAGAUCCAUAUUUAGCAAGUUAUGGCGUAGAAGAUCCAGAAUUUGCAAUCACACAAUUGGCACAGACCACAAUGAGAUCCGAAUUGGGGAAGAUAUCAUUAGAUAAAGUAUUUCGUGAGAGAGAAAAUUUAAAUGUUUCUAUGGUUGAUUCGAUAAAUAAAGCUAGCGAAGCGUGGGGGAUGACAUGUUUAAGAUAUGAAAUCAGGGAUAUCAAGUUGCCACCUAGGGUGCAAGACGCAAUGCAGAUGCAAGUUGAAGCUGAGAGGAAAAAAAGAGCUGCUAUUUUAGAGUCUGAAGGUGUUAGAGAGGCUGACAUAAACGUAGCCGAAGGCAAACGAAAAGCGAGAAUACUAGCGUCUGAAGCUGAGCGGCAAGAACAGAUAAAUAAAGCAGCUGGAGAAGCUGCAGGUAUAAUAGCCUUGGCCGAAGCUAGAUCCAAUGGGUUGAAGCUCGUAGCUGGUGCGUUGAAAGAAGAACGUGGACCUAAUGCAGCAUCAUUGAGUAUCGCUGAACAAUAUGUGAAAGCUUUCAACAAACUCGCCAAAACGAAUAAUACAUUGAUCUUGCCAGCAAAUGCUGGAGAUGUAUCCAGCCUUGUAACGCAAGCACUCAGCGUUUACAGUACAAUUACCAAGAGUGACGAAGCAGCCGAGAAACAUUCUUCUGCACCAUUUAAGAAAAUUUUGCCGCCGGAACCAAAGGACGACUUAGCAGAGCUGUUUAGCGAUGAGGAAGAAUUACGGAAACAUAGACAACAAACGCUACAAAUCAAUGUAAAACCUGAUAAAGUGUAAAUGUUACAGAUUCUUUCGUCUAAUUUACCAAUACCAGCAUCAAGCGCUUACCAGAUUUUUUUGGCACAGGAUAAAAAAACUAUUAUUUGAGGAAUUUCUAUAUUAAAAAAAAUUACAAACGGACAAUUUUGUUGAUUAUUUUUAUAUCCUUUUUUUUAUACUCAAGGAUUUUUUUUUCAGUAUGGAAAAAUCAAAUAAGCAUUCUAAAAAAUAGUACAUGCUUUCUACAGAAAUCUUCAAAUUACAUAUACCAGUCCAUAACAAAACGAGAAACAUGCUCACCAUAAGUGAAAAG